GCAGGAUUGAAGAUCACAGCGGAUCAGGUGCGGUAGUUAAAGAGAGGGAGAAGGGGGCGCGCACUGGAGAGGAUCUGGGGACCCCCGCAAACUGAUGCGCAUCUCAUAUUAUAAUACAUUAUCAUCUCUCCACGAUGGGAAUUUAUUAACGCUCGUUCACGAUCCACGUGCGCGCUAUUCAGUCACGUUCGUGAUCGCGUCCAGCGUCUGGGAAUAAACUUUCACGUUCCGGUUUUAUUUGAGCCGCUUUCGUUAAUUCACAGUGAACAUAGCUCUGGUGUAUCACAGGUUCGACUUGCAGAAAUGAGGGAAAGGCUGUUUCAUCUUCUCUUAUUCUCUCUAACGCUGUUUUGGCACACAAGAUUCGUGUGCGCAGAUUCCACAACAGACGCCUUUAAAAACAACAUCACGCUGUUCACACGGAUCCUGGACCGUCUGCUGGACGGCUACGAUAAUCGCCUGAGACCCGGACUGGGAGAUCGAGUGACCACAGUAAAGACGGACAUCUAUGUCACCAGCUUCGGCCCUGUUUCAGACACAGAUAUGGAGUACACCAUCGAUGUGUUCUUCAGGCAGAGCUGGAAGGAUGAGAGGCUGAGGUUUGAGGGACCGAUGAACAUUCUCCGUCUGAACAACCUGAUGGCCAGUAAGAUCUGGACUCCAGACACAUUCUUCCACAACGGCAAGAAAUCCGUCGCACACAACAUGACAAUGCCCAACAAACUGCUGCGGAUCCAAGACGACGGCACUCUUCUUUACACCAUGAGGUUGACCGUUCAUGCCGAGUGUCCGAUGCAUCUUGAAGAUUUUCCCAUGGAUUUCCACUCGUGUCCGCUGAAGUUUGGCAGCUACGCUUACACCACUUCAGAAGUCACGUAUACGUGGACGAAGAACGCAUCUAAUUCGGUGGUGGUGGAGGAGGAGAGUUCCAGACUCAACCAGUAUGAUCUACUGGGACAAACUGUGGGAAAUGAAACCAUCAGAUCCAGCACUGGUGAAUACACAGUCAUGACGGCACACUUUCACCUGAAGAGAAAGAUCGGUUAUUUUGUGAUUCAGACGUAUCUGCCGUGCAUUAUGACCGUCAUACUGUCGCAGGUGUCCUUCUGGCUAAACCGGGAGUCUGUGCCGGCCCGGACCGUGUUCGGUGUGACUACUGUACUGACGAUGACCACACUGAGUAUCAGCGCUCGUAACUCACUGCCUAAAGUCGCCUACGCCACCGCCAUGGACUGGUUCAUCGCCGUGUGUUACGCUUUCGUCUUCUCCGCCCUCAUCGAGUUUGCCACCGUCAACUACUUCACCAAACGCGGCUGGGCGUGGGACGGCAAGAGUGUGGUCAGCGAAAAGAAAAAAGAAAAAGCUUCAGUCAUCAAGAAGAACAACGCAUACGCCGUCGCCGUGGCGAACUACGCCCCCAACAUCACCAAGGACACUGUGCUCCCCACUAUUGCCAAGGGCAGCACACCGGAUCUAGGCAAAGGCAAAACAGAUGCCAUCAAACAAGCCGAGGCCAAGAAAACCUUCAACAGCGUGAGUAAAAUUGACCGAAUGUCUCGCAUCAUGUUUCCCGUUCUCUUCGGAUCAUUUAAUCUGGUUUACUGGGCGACAUACUUAAACAGAGAACCUGUGAUCAAAGACAUGGUGCCGUCCAACUAGAGUCUGGGAUUACAGAACUAAAGACUCGGCCAAAAUCACCCAGGGACUCUCUCUCUCUCUCUCUCCAUCUGCUCCAGACACACGUGCUCUGGAUUGAUGCCUUUCCAUCUCUUUCUCUCUCAUCCGUCGUCUCUCUUUUCUACAGCAUUUAUCAGCAGUGCUUUUGCGAGCGACGUUUGCCUUUGUACAUACAGUAUGGUACCUGGUGAAAAUGCCGUCUCGUAUCUUUACAUUGCAGUAUUUGGAUUCAUGUGAGAAUUUGUAUUUUCGAGCUCUUUUGAAAUCUGACCUCUCUCUGUGAUAUAGAUUAGCAAAUUAUGCUCAUUUAUUUAUGGGGUGUAAAUGUGUUUUGUUUGUUUUCGUGGCGGUGCUUGGUGUUAAAUAGCCUGUUGUUUUUUUCUAAGAUCAAACUCUUUUGUGGUUUGUUCUGAUGUUUCGUGCCGGGCCCAUACACAAAAAAGACAUGAAAACUGUUUACACACAUCUGUGCUUUUUACUGUUGCUUUGUGAUGUUGUUUUCAAGUCCAAACUAUAAACCAACUUUUAGAAACAAAAAAAAUCUGUGUUUAAAACUGUAGAGUAUAAAAACAGACAGAAAGUGUGUGUGCUGACCGCACGUACAGUGUUUUACACGACAGGACUGAGAUGUUCACAUGGUUUCUGUUUGUUUUUAUGAAACCAGGAUGAAGUCCGAAUGCUGUCGAUAAAGUUUAAAUUGUACAGAAUCCAGAAUAUUCCUAGAUGAAAUCUUCAAAUGGUUCUGGAUGUGUUUACUGUCAGUUUUUGACCCUUCUAACAGAAGAUGUUGGAGGGGGGUGUUUGAAGCUCAUACAACAUGAACAUCUCCGUCCACACUAUUAUUCAGUCUUUCUCCAUCAGUGUGCACAUAUAAAUCACUAAGACAGUAGAUCAGUAGAUAUUUCAUUUUCUCCUGAAAUGUGAAAUGAAAAUCGCCGAAAAAAACCCAUCAAGUGCCUGAAACGAAGACGGCAACGAUGUGAUCGAUGUGAAGCUGGAGCUGCUCGGCAGGAGAACAGAAACAUUCUUCGUCCAGAUUCAAGAACCAUCAGCUCUUAAGUUUUCGUUUUGAAUAAAAUCCAGAAUAAAUAAAACAGUUCAGGUUGAAUAGAGAUUUCUUUGAUAAAGCUGCGAUCAUAACGUUCGUCUUUCUUUGGGGAAAACCGCUGUUAACUGGCGUGUCGGAAUAACUGAGUUUUCGCACGAAAUCCGACUCCAAAGCUCAAGUUAUAAAUCAUUAUUAUAAGCUUACCGUUGUGAAUCUCAUUUUUCUAAUUUUUGUUGUCUUUAUUUGACCCACAUAAUUUUACAGAUAAAUAUAAUGUGGACCAAACUUCACUUCAGGUAGACCUCCACAACAAUAAAAUAUGAAUAGAAAUGAUCAAUGUAUAUUAAUUGUAUUAUUAUAACCAAACACAGACGCGUGCGUCCGAUGAAACCAUUCACAGAUUGCAGCUUUUAAAUUCCUUUUUGACCUCCUGAACACUGUGGUUUCUCCCUAAAAUGUGACCGAUGUUUAGACAAUUUGAUUGGUUGAUAUUUGUGGCAUCGUGUUCGGUGUCAUCAGUGUUGUUUCGAUGAGGAAACUAGUGAACACAUGAAAAACAAACAAGGCAUUUAAAAUACACACGUGAUGUUUUCAUGAGUUUCUGUGGCACUGUGCACUCCUCUCGCUGAGCGUGUUUCACUGAACAUGAGUUUUGGACCAAAAGACCAACAAGUGCUUCAAAUACUGCAUGUUUACUUCACAUGUUUACCCUUCAAAAUAAUAAAUAAGUAUUUUUGCUCUUCUACUAUGAAAACCUGUCGCGUUACACACUAAACACACACAGUAAAUAUUGUUCACAUCUAAUUUGUAUAUAAUGUAAAGAAUAUUUGUCCAGAUUGGUAUUGUUGCUGUAACACGACCUCGAGCCUGUUUUCCGUCAUCAGUUUGUACAGUUUUAUACUCUGAAGUUUUGAGUUGAUAUUUUCUGAUGUAUGAUGUUGAUUUUUCAGCAUGCUGUUGUCUCUCCGGUACACACGGCGUUCUAAUGAUUUGUUUGGUUCGACUCAUUCUAAGGAUGUUAUACUUUCUGAAGAUUUAUUCCAACAUUAUUUAUUGUAAUAUAUACUUCUCUUCUUGAUUUCUGGGUUAAUCUGUGUGAUACAUGUAUAAUAUCGCUCUGCUUUCCUUUAUGAAUUGCUUUGAUUGUAUUGGCCGAUGGUUGCAUCUUUGUUAUGCAGAAACUGUUUGAGCAAUAAGUAAAACAGGUGAUAUUAAACCGUCCUGCAUGGAAAGAGCUUUCCACACACAGAUGUCCUGCUCGCACACAUUCUCCUGCUAAAGACAAUGUGAAAUACUGCAUUCCAUAAUGAAUGUUACCAUAAGAAUGUGAAUAUUACAGGGUUUUUUGUGCGUUUUUGCUGAACUGUCCAUCAGCUUUUAUUGACGUUGGAACAAUUUCUGAAAUUGAAUACGUUAGGAAUAAUUUACAAAUUGUAUAUCUUUGCAAACGUAUCACCAAGACCUGCUGUCUGUUAUUCUUCUGUACAAUGACGUGAAUAUUUUGUUUUCUGAUGUUAAUGUGAAUUUGGCCACAAUAGCAGAACUGAAGUGCUGCUGGGACUCAUUUUCUACAGUAUAUAUAUAUAUAUUGUUACUCUCUUUCAAACACCAUUUAACUUCAACUUUCAACAGCCAAUUGCU